ACGACUACACGUCGCUCACUGAUGUAAAUAACGGGUCGUUGGCUGACACGAAUGUGAGGUCCCUCAGUUGCAAGCAAAGAGAAGAGACGGCGUCGUUUUUUACUCUGCAACAUUACUGCACCAUCGGAAGUCGGAACCGAAGUUGGGGGAACUUUUGCGGAGGGGCAGGGACGGGACGAUGACGUUGAAAUCAAUCUUCGACGCCAAAGAAAUCAGAGCGGAAUUCAAGGCGGCGGGCAUAAACCCUAGCUUCAUCCCCAUCAUAUGGAAGCAUGCGAUCAUCUCCAACAACAACGACAACUUCGAAUGGAAUCACAUCCCAUCCUUGCCCUCCGCUGCCUACCCUAUCCUUUACUCCAAAUUCAAGCCCCUCACUUCGUCCCUUCACUCCCUCCUCCACUCCUCCGACCAAGUCACCUCCAAGCUCCUCAUAAAGCUCCAGAACGGGGCUCUUGUUGAGGCCGUGGUCAUGAGGUACGACACGCGUUUGGGGAAAUACAACGGCAAGCCCCGCCCCGGAGGUCCCAGGUCCACCCUGUGCGUUUCCUCCCAGGUCGGUUGCAAAAUGGGAUGCAAAUUCUGUGCCACGGGGACGAUGGGUUUCAAGAACAAUCUCUCGUCUGGAGAGAUUGUGGAACAGUUGGUUCACGCCUCUUGUAUAUCGUCUAUACGCAAUAUCGUUUUCAUGGGAAUGGGGGAACCAUUGAAUAACUACGCUUCGUUAGUGGAAGCUGUUCGUGUCAUGACAGGGCCACCGUUUCAGUUGUCGCCGAAGAGGAUUACCGUCUCAACCGUUGGCAUCAUUCCUGCUAUCAACAAGCUUCACAAUGAUGUGCCGGGUUUGAACUUGGCAGUUUCGCUGCACGCACCAGUUCAAGAUAUCCGUUGUCAAAUAAUGCCUGCAGCUCGGGCUUUUCCUCUGGAAAAGCUUAUGGAUGCGCUUCAAGACUAUCAAAAGAACAGUCAGCAAAAUAUUAUGAUCGAGUACAUUAUGCUUGAUGGGGUGAAUGAUGAAGAGCAGCAUGCCCACCAGCUUGGCAAGCUGCUAGAUACAUUCCAAGCGGUUGUUAACUUAAUACCUUUCAAUCCAAUUGGGAGUGCGAGUCAAUUCAGAACCAGUAAUGAACAUCGGGUGUCAAGAUUUCAGAAAAUUCUUAGGGGUACCUAUGGCAUCCGGACAACAGUUCGCAAGCAAAUGGGUCAGGAUAUAAGUGGUGCAUGUGGCCAGCUGGUGGUUAACCAACCUGAUAAGAGGUCAAUUGAAAAAUCAAGUCUCUUAACUGACAUAGAAGAUCUUCAUCUUUGAUGUAACCAAAAUCAUUUCAGUUCAUUUUUAUCUCUUUCGUUGUUGGUGACAAUGACAACGGACUGAAAGUUAACGGCGAUGGCCACACCACAAAGAUGGAGUCUAGAGAGGGAUAAUUACAGAAUAUCUUUAAUGCCGGCACGAGAGAUGAACCAACCAGAAUGCAUGUGCGUCGACAAUGGAUGAUGGCCCAACCCAUGACUCUGUGGCCCGGUGAUUGAGGAGCUUAGGUUAUGAUUGGGUUUUUGUGUCUUUUUUGAGGUUUUUUUUUAGGCGUUUUAGUUUUGCUUGGGCUUUAUGUUAUUUUAGUGGGGGUAUUGGCCCUAGUAUGAUUAGAGUAAGAAUUUAAUAUGUAGUCUGUCAAAACCUAAUUUUUUACUGUUAGCAGCUUUAAUGAAUUUUGGUAAGCAAUGAAAAGCCUCUCAUUCGGCGCUGACAGUUCAAAGAUAAACACCUUGUAUUAGAGCGACACGAGACAACAGAGGAGAACGCAAAAGAGGUCGGAGGUAACAUAUUGAGAAAACCGAUUCCACUUUUCAGAAACAAAAUCAGGAAAGUCAUUGUGAUGUGUUUAUUGAGGUAUGCUUGGUUCUGUUUGUAUUGCUCUGCGGUCGACACCCAAUAAUAUACUGCUUGCACUAUAUAAGAUUAAUGGCGCAGUAUUAUUAUGAGAGCUUAGGUUAGGCUGGAUGGAUGAACAGACCAGAUGAAUGGAUUCAACUUUCAGAUAACACGCGGGUUGCUUCAUGCCAAAUUUGUAGCAUCUUUCCUUCAGCACAAAAUCAUCUCCAAUAUCCUUCUUCCGGGCCUUGGCUUGGGUGACAUGGGAUGUGGUUGGUCUGAGGUUAAAAAUCCAGCAGAAUGCGCCUCAAUUGGCUCACCAAAGCCAAGCUUGAAUAAUCUCAAUCGCUGAGCACUGCCCCUG